UCGAGGCAGGCCGAGUCAGGCCGAGACUCGAGAGUCGUCCAGGAGUUUUCGACUCGAAGCAGUCCCUUCGAAAACUACCCCUGAAGCUAACCCCGUCGUCGUCAUCGUCGUCGUCGUCGUCGUCUUUAUCGUUUCUACUUAAAUCAACUCGUGAUAACCAAAUCUAUCACCCUAUUCUAUUCAUUCUCAUAGAAUUUCUAAUCAUUUAUUCGUCUAGUAAAACGAAGACAUCGUCCAUUUUUUUCUGAGUAGGACAACCAACCACUUCGGAGGAUAAGUAAGGGACUGAAGCGAAGGGACACAAGCAGAGACAUGGACAAUGUGCAAAUGAUCGGCACUAAAAUCACAGCUAUCAAGGAAUACUUAUAUAAUUUUGCAAGGACGCACUCACCCACAAGACUAAUGAGUAACGAAAAUACCUACUCCCUAUCCAGGGAAUACUGUGACCUCAAAUACUCGGACAUCCUGCCUCACAAUGCCGAAAGUUAUCCAGCGACGAAAGAAUUCUUGAUGAAGGUGGUGGACAUCCUAUUGGAUUACAUCAAAUCAACCAAUGAUCGUAACGCAAAGGUCCUUGAUUUUCGUCAUCCAUCUGACAUGAUUCAUUUACUUGAUCUCGAGAUUCCUGACACUGGGCUCACCCUACAACGAUUAUUAAUCGACUGUUCGACAACUUUAAAGUAUCAAGUCAGAACUGGACACCCACACUUCUUCAAUCAAUUGUCCUGCGGUCUUGACCUGAUCUCGAUGGCUGGCGAAUGGUUGACAGCUACUGCAAACACAAACAUGUUCACUUACGAAAUCGCGCCGGUAUUCAUUUUAAUGGAAAACGUGGUACUUCAAAAAAUGAGAGAACUUAUUGGCUGGAAUUGUGGUGACUCGAUACUAGCGCCUGGUGGAUCAAUUAGCAACCUUUACGCAUUUUUAGCAGCCAGACAUAAAAUGUUUCCAUCGUACAAAGAACGCGGAUUGUCAUCUAUAGGAGGUCAACUUGUCAUGUUUACGUCAGAUCAGUGCCAUUAUUCCGUGAAAUCUUGCGCUGCUGUUUGCGGAUUGGGUACUGACAAUUGUGUCAUGGUACCAAGCGACGAACGUGGCAGAAUAAUUCCAUCCAAAUUGGAAGAACUUAUUAUCGAACGCAAAGCCAAAGGUCACAUACCAUUCUUCGUAAAUGCAACAGCUGGUACAACCGUCAUUGGUGCAUUCGAUUCGAUAACAGAAAUAGCUGAUAUAUGCAAGAAAUACAAACUUUGGCUUCACGUAGACGCAGCUUGGGGUGGUGGUUUGCUUUUAUCCCGAAAGUACAGACACCCAAGAUUGACUGGCAUCGAACGAGCUGACUCCGUUACGUGGAAUCCUCACAAAUUGAUGGGAACUUUGCUUCAAUGUUCAACCAUACACUUCAAACAAGAUGGGCUAUUAAUUAGCUGUAAUCAAAUGUCAGCGGAAUAUUUGUUCAUGACCGAUAAACUUUAUGACGUGCAAUACGAUACCGGUGACAAAGUAAUCCAAUGUGGUCGUCACAAUGAUAUUUUCAAGCUAUGGUUACAAUGGCGUGCUAAAGGUACGGAAGGUUUUGAAAAACACAUGGACAGGUUAAUGGAAUUAACGGAAUAUAUGGUAAAACGUAUCAAACAAAUGCCAGACAAAUAUUAUUUGAUUCUCGAACCAGAAAUGGUGAACGUUUGUUUCUGGUAUUUGCCAACACGUGUUAGAAAUAUGCAUCAUGGUCCGGAAAGGGAAAAAAUAUUAGGCGAAAUCUGUCCAAUCCUGAAAGGACGUAUGAUGCAAGCAGGUACAUUGAUGGUUGGUUAUCAACCAGAUGACAGGAGACCUAACUUCUUUAGGAAUAUUAUUUCUAGUGCUGCAGUUACAGAAGCCGACGUUGAUUUCUUAUUGACCGAAAUGGAUCGAUUAGGUCAUGAUCUUUAAAUUAUUAUUACAAAAAAAAAAGAAAUAAAUUCAAUUUAGAAAUUAAUUAAAAAUCUAAUCGUCAUCCUAUCGAAUCAUCUGUUCGAAAACAAAAAAAUAAUCCUAAACCGGCCGACGAUUGACCUAAUCGUUUCAACCGAAUAAAAAAAAAGACAUAAUUUUGACAGAAAAAAAUUAACAAAAAAAAAAAA